UAUUGUGGUUUACUAGGUUGUUUAGACUUUAGGUAAAAUUAAAGUUAAAACAAAAAUUGUAGCAGCAACACACGAAGGAUCUGCACAGCUCGUUAAUAGGUGUAAGAUGAAUUCGUACAUGAAAUACCCGGUUCAUGCUUCAAACUCAAAUUCCUAUACCAACCACAUCACCCCGCAAGGCCCAUUCCCUACUUCUCAUGCCAAUAAGCCAACUGUGUUACCACAUGAAACAUCUGCAUACGGAAUAUACAGAACUGUUGAAUCCAUCCGAAAUCACAAUGAAUCGACAGUAACGCCACAAAAUGAAGGUAGUCCUGGCAGAAGCUCCCGAGAGAACUCUCCAACAGGACCUGUUGGUACAACUGUACAUUCAACAGAUAAUUCACCCUAUGCAUAUUCACCUGCUUGCUUAAACUAUAACACAAGUACUCCCUACUGCAACCAACUUGUGGGGGCCGAUUCAAACUAUGUACACCAAAGUUAUUCAAUCAAUGAAUCGUACCCAACCUCCAAUCCCUUAUAUACGAGCACAUUUUCAAACAAUUCGUUAUAUUCCCAAUACAACCCAUGCAUUUUGGGUCCAAAUGUUUCUCGAAAUGAAACGAACGACUCGGUCAUUAAUUCUUGCGGCGUCCAAGAUCGCAUUUCUCCGCCAAAUUCCGCGUAUGAUACUCCUACUGCGAGCCCUCAAUGUACCAACACACUGCCGAGUAACACUUACGAUUGGAUGAAGAUAAAGAGAAACCCACCGAAAAGCAUAUAUUUUUCACAAAACAAAAUGGUGGAGUACACCUACGGAGUAACUGGAAAUAACGGCAGAACAAAUUUCACUACAAAACAGCUUACCGAGCUUGAAAAAGAGUUUCACUUCAAUAAGUACUUAACAAGAGCCAGGAGGGUUGAAAUAGCAGCAGCAUUGCGCCUUAAUGAAACCCAGGUAAAAAUAUGGUUUCAAAAUCGUCGUAUGAAGCAGAAGAAAAGGGACAAAGAAGCAGAAAAGUUAAACGGAAAUAAAAUGUCACAAAGCAAAAGCGAAACGCUUCAUGGCUUGAAACAAACUUCUACAUCUUCAUCAACUAAUCCCAUGUACCUCGCAUCGUCAUCAUCAAACAAAAGCACUGGCGUCACAAACUACAAUUCCUUAAUGUUAAGUCAUCAGUUCCAAAAACCUGCCGCAGAGGCGGACAUGAAUAUAGUCACGUGACCUUGACAUCAAUUACCAGCAAGGUAGCCAACCCAACAGCGAGUAACGUCACACAAUAUACGUCCUCGUUUUGCGCAUCAUUGUAGAUGACCAAGAAAGCGCAUAAACUACACGCAUUCAUUUUAUUUUAUCUUUUAAAACACCCGUGAAACAAAAUAUAAAAAAAGUUUAAGUAUUUGGAUUCGGUUUUAUAUAUGUACAAUAUUCGUAAGCAUUCUGUUUAUUACAAUGUAGUUAUAUUUUAACGCCUGUUACAAUUUGGAUAACGCUUUAUUUUAAAAUCAACAGCACACACAAGCCUCUCCCUCUAUAUAUAUAUGUUGCACAGAUGUGUAACGUUCCUUCGUUUUACCUCAUUUUGUACAUAUAGUCGAUAUUUCGCAAAAAUGUAUAUUACACUUGUUGUAUCUGUAAUUUAUAAAAUGAACUUAUUCUUACGUAAA